CCCCGUUUCCUUACCUCAGUUGCUGCUCCGACACUUAACUCCUCCUCCUCGCAGCGGUGCCUGGCUGGGGGCUUCCUGGGUUGUUAGAAGUGUCUCAAUUCUCUGUCCCCUUCCCCGUUCGUUGCAAUUAAGCGAGGGAAUACUAGAAAUAAGCCCCCCAAAAAAACACAUUUAAAAAUGUUUACCUUGUCGGAGCUUCUUGUCCUUGUAGCCAUCUUCUCCAGCACAGCGUCCGGCUACUUCGUCAGCAUAGACGCUCAUGCCGAAGAGUGCUUCUUCGAGCGGGUCAACUCCGGCACCAAGAUGGGCCUCAUGUUUGAGGUGGCCGAGGGAGGCUUCCUGGACAUUGAUGUGGAGAUAACAGGGCCAGAUGGCAAACAGAUUUAUAAAGGAGAUAGGGAGUCUAGUGGGAAGUACUCUGUUGCUGCCCACAUGGAUGGCACAUACAAGUUUUGCUUCAGCAACAAGAUGUCCACAAUGACUCCCAAGAUUGUGAUGUUCACCAUCGAUAUUGGAGAGGCUCCUAAAGGCCAGGACAUGGAGACAGAAGGUGGUGGAGAUACUUGGGAUGCUCACCAGAACAAGUUGGAAGAGAUGAUCAAUGAGCUGGCUGUGGCUAUGACUGCUGUCAAGCACGAACAGGAGUACAUGGAAGUCCGUGAGAGAAUACACAGAGCAAUUAACGACAACACGAACAGCCGAGUGGUGCUCUGGUCAUUCUUCGAAGCGCUGGUGCUUGUAGCCAUGACCCUGGGACAGAUUUAUUACCUAAAGAGGUUUUUUGAAGUCCGGAGAGUCGUGUAAAAACUGCAGGUUUUUUGUUUCUGGUGCAUUUCACCAUUUUACCAAAAUCUUGUAAGUCACAACAUUUACGUCAAGAAUGGAAAUUCAGCUUCGACUUUUGAAAAGCCUUUAAAUGCAUUUUCAGUUUUUUUUUUGGGGGGGGGUUUAUUGAUGUUUAAAUCCCUUUGUGCUUUCCCAGUUUUUUGUAUUCACCUUACCCCACUGUUUACCUGAUGUGUUUUUCACCCAUCCACCUGUCAGACUUUUUUUUUUAAAAGGACAUUAAAUGUUUUGAAUUAAAGGCAAGUAUUUCUAAGCAUUUAACAUCUUUAGCUAUAAUGCAGGUGAAUGCUCUGAGUUUGCGGGAAGCAAUUUAUUAACUUUUAAUUUGAAUGAUUUUAAUGUUUGUUUGCAGCAUCUAAAACUAGGAAUCUAUGGAAGCAGUGUGAGCUCUCAUAAAUUUCAGGUUUAAAUUGUGGUCACUUUGAAAAGAGGAAACCAGAAAUACACCUAGCUUUUCUACUCCUAGUGUUUUAUUCUUUGGUAAAAGUGAUAUGAGUAAAGAGAAAUUGAAUUCUGUGUUGGCCAAAAUUGUUACAAUACAACACUGCAAAUUGAUUCAGUCAGUUGUGGGUGAAAGUCUCUCAUCGUUUUGCAGAAAAAUCUUCAGAAAUGAUUUCAUAAUGAUUUGUUGUAGUAAGCAACCUUUUGAAAAGGCCAUGGUGAUGUUUAAUAUAAGCAGCUACCAGUUUAAUUCCCUUUCUUAAAUAGAGGAAAUAUUUGUCCACCUUCAGGGCACAUUCAUUUGAGUGUUUCUGGGUGAGGGGAGUUUUUUGCCAGUGUAUUAAUGAUAAGUUUAACUAUUAGUUCCAAGGUUUGGGUGUGCAACAGGCAAAUGUUGUGACUGGUGUAAAUUAGUUACUUGUACUUUUUGUCAGAUUAAGAAAACAAGAACUUUACAAAACAGCAACACAAUUUUGUACAAUUAAUUUCCUAUUUGUUACAGGUAUUCAUGUGCAAGGUGAAGUUUUGUUACUUGGGGGAAUAUGGAUGUUGUAGCAGACAACAAACUAGGUCAGUUGACUGCUGCAAAGCCAUUACAAGAGUAUUUUUGUGUAACAGCGGACACCACAGAAUACGAUGUAAAGAUGUAAAGUAAAAAAAUGCUGAUGUAUGUCAACUACAACCCAGGUUUAGUAAAUAAUAAAAACAACAUUCUUUAAAAAAAAA